GCCCUCCAUGCGACUAUGCACUCCGCCCAAAAGGCGUCGAUCGUCCAUCAGCACAGAGAGGAAAGUAGCUAUAAAUCCAGGCCAAGCAUGGGCAACCACCUUUACGUCAUUGGUGGCACUCAUGCUGCUUGUUAAACCGAUCCGCUGACGGAUACGGGAGAUCCGAAAGCGUGCUCAGAUGGUGCCAGCUUACAUUCCGCGAUCUUGCCUGACGCCUGGCCGACCGCACCGUGGUGCAGUUUUUCAUUCACCUUGGAAGCUGUAAAUUCUCGGUUGUCAUCGCAAUGGACGACGUUUCCAAGGCAGUAGAGCGUGAUCAACCUUCCUCCUCUGACCUGCAAUGGGACGAGGGAUCUGCAGAGUCGCUGGACGAUUUUAUUGCAAAAAACAAACCGUCCGUGACAAAAGGAGGGCCAAACGGUCGCUGGAUCUGGGUACAAGUGGGCCCUGGCUUUCUUCCUAAUGGCUCAGGAAAAGACGAUUCAACACUGGUCACGGCGAUCGCGCAAGGGAUUGGUCUAUUUGUAAGUGCUAUCAAACGGAUUAAAGAGAUUCAAGCGGACAGCUCGACUCCCCUUCGCACAAGCAAGGCCAAGGGUAAGAGUAAGAAAAAUCACCGAGAAAUCGUGAGCUCAAAGCUCAAAGACGAUCUCAAGGAGGUUGCAUUCACUUCUGGCAUUGACGGUGGAAGAUGGCUCUUUUUCUCUGAUCGCGAUCAUGUCGAUGCGCUUUUUGCACGAAUUUCCCGCUCAUUGCAGAAUGGUGCUCUUUCCAAGUACCUGCAGCCUUCCGAGGGUCUUGCUCAGACUGGCAUCGUGAAAGUUGCGAGUGCAGAUCAUGUUCAACCAGGUUCCGGCUUUCAUGGACGAGAAGAUACCGGAGAGAGAUGGCCGAUUCAGGUUUAUGUCAGAAGCUGUUGGAACAAGGUCCACGUCGCCGAGAUUUUAACGGCUCUAAUCAAAGACACGGGGACUACACCGUCUGCUUGCAAAGCCGACUUGUACUCUUACAUAGGUAUCACUUCCGACCAUUCGGCAGGAUUACGCACAUCGCUCUUCACUCCUAAGGAGCUGCUGACCAACGACACCAUGGAUCAGCUCAAAGCGCUUUACCGCAGCAAGAACUUUUCCGAGGCGGCAAAGGAGAAUGGCGGUCAACACAAAGAGAUUGACAUUCUCAAAUUGGCGCAGGUUCGUGACGAGCACAAUGAAUUCGAGGAUCAUGAGGGUGUGGAGGUGUUGAGACGCGAAAAGGGAAAGGGUAAGGCGCCUCCAGCUAAAGCAAAAAGGAGCAAUUGGAAUCGGGCGGACAAGAGCAGUAAUGACGGGAGCAUGGUUGACGUCGAGAACACACCAAUGCCGCCACUUUGUAAGCCUGGUGUGAAAGAUUCUCACCAAGGCAAGCAGAGCGACUUGCAGGACGCAGAAGACGCGGCGAGCAGCGACACAGCACCAGAGGAUGAACAAUUCAGAGCAGCCACAGCACCCGCAUCUGCGCCUAUACCUUUCUCUGCGCGUGGUGAGCCCGCAGAUGCGACCAGCAAUGUCAACAAUGGCGGCAGUAACGACAAAGGGGUUCAGGACGCUGAAGAGUUUAGCGGCAGCGAGACAGAACCUGAUGAAGAACAACCGCUGCCAUUGGCAGCCAACGUUGGUGAGAAGCGCAAGGCGUGUCCCAGCGCAGACGAAAGAACGAAAGGCCCUACAUCUGCCAAUGAUACGACAGCAACAGCACACACUGCCACUUCCGCGUGGACGUUCAGACGUCCAAAAUCGCGGCAAGAGAGGAGAAGGGAUGACACGGAUGAUUUUUGAUGAAGCAUUGCGUUGCAUUCGUUUCUCUUGCGGAAUUUCCUGCCUUACUCCAUUCAUGCAGGCUUUUUUCACCAUGUACACGCUAUUGCAUUUUCUGUAGCAUAAAAUAGCGAUUUCGCUCAAGUCUCGUCCAUCUCAGGGGUGAGCAGCAGCCUGAUUGGUUGGACGCAAAUCAAUGCACUCCCUUCAUCCAACUGCGCCUGCUCAAGCGGCCUUGUUCUGUUCGA